AUGGCUGAAGGCAAGGAUCAGCCCCAGCAGGGGAUUGAGGCUGCUCCCGUUCAACAUCAGGUCGAGAUGGGCGAGUACCAGAGCAAGCAGGACAUUUCCCAUGUCGAGCAGGUUCUCUCUGGCGAUGACUUGCGGAAGGAUAACAUGGAUGUUAGCCGUGUUGACAAGGAAAUCCAAGCAUAUGCUGCUGAUGUGGCGGUGGAAAUUGAUGCAGAGACCGACAAGCGUCUCAAGCGUUUGAUUGAUCGUCGUGUUCUGGUCAUUAUGAUCUGCACGUAUUUCCUGCAGGCUUUGGAUAAGGGAACCAUGUCUUUCUCUGCUAUCAUGGGUAUCAAGACGGAUGCACACUUGGAGGAUGGUCAAAAGUACUCCUGGUUGACUACCUGUAUUUACAUCGCUGUCCUCACGGUCGAAUACCCGACCAACUGGAUCAUCCAACGAGUCCCAAUUGGCAAGUACCUUGGUAUCAACAUUUGCCUCUGGGGUACGAUUCUGGCCCUUCACGCUGCGUGCCACAACUUCGCCGGAUUGGUCACAGUCCGUACCUUGCUGGGUAUCUUUGAGGCCUGUUGCCAGCCUAUCUUCGUUACACUGUCGUCCAUGUGGUAUAAAAGAGAGGAGCAAGCAGCUACCGUGACAUACUGGUACAUGAUGAACGGCGCCCAACAGAUCGUCGGCGGCCUCCUGGCCUACUGCUUCACCCUAAUUGGCGCAGACAAAGUCAUCAAGUCCUGGCAAGCACUUUUUCUUACCUACGGAUGCAUCUCCGUAAUCUGGGGAGUCUUCGUCAUCUGGUACAUGCCCGACUCGCCCAUGCGUGCGAAGUGCUUCACUGAGGAGGACAAGCGCCUCAUGGUCGAGCGCCUUCGUUCCAAUCAGACCGGUAUCCAGAACAGACAGUUCCGUGCGUAUCAGAUGUGGGAGGCCCUACGUGAUCCUCAGAUGUGGUGCUACUGUGCCGUGCAGAUGUUCACUACGCUUCCUACUAGUGGACUCGGUGCAUUCUUCACUAUUAUCAUCAAGAGUUUCAAGUUUACUACCCUGCAGACUCAGUUGCUUGCUAUGGUGCUGGGUGCCUAUAUUAUUAUCAUUCUGUUGUCGUCUGCUUGGUUGGUCAAGAAGUACAACCAGAACUUGCUAGUGAUGCUGGGUUUCAUCAUUCCAUCGUUCAUUGGAACAAUAGUCUUGAUGACCGUUAAGAACACCACCCUAUCCACCAAGGUCGGCCUUCUCAUCAGUUACUACAUCACCAUGUCUUUCUGGUCAGCCCAGACCCUCACCUUGUCAAUGGUCUCCCGAAACAUCGGCGGACAAACCAAGAAGGCCACCGUCGUUGCAGCAACCUUCAUCUCGUGGGCCGCUGGAAAUGCAAUUGGCCCCCAAGUAUUCCUUGACACUGAUGCCCCGCGAUACCACAUCGCCUGGAGUGUCCACCUCGCCUGCUACUCCUGCAUGGUCUCCGCUGUCAUCUACCUCCGGUUCUAUCUCAAGCGCCAGAACGCGAAGAAGGAUAAGCUCUUGGCUGAGUCUGGACUCAGUGCUGCUGAUCCUAACCUGAUUCACGCUUUCGAGGAUAAGACAGAUCAGGAGAACAUGAACUUCCGAUAUGUGUAUUAG